AUGGCCCAGAUUGUCGAAGGAAUGUACCAUCUUAGACCUGCAUUUGCUGAUGCCUCUUUAGGUGGUAGUGCUGGUGGUCAUGCUUUUUCGAGUAAUUCUAAAGAUCCAAGCUGGAUGCUAGGUGGGUACAACUCUUGGGUAUUUCAACAAGAUAGAGGUAUUCUACAGGUUUUAACAAAUGGAAAUAUUGUAAUUAGUGGACCAAUCGUACCUAGGGAUCCCUCAUCAUGCCACACAUGGUAUGUUAAUUUUAUGUUUAAAACCACUCAAGCUCCAUUAUCGACCCACGAAGAGCUUUCGCCAAAUGCCUAUGUUCCAAAGGGUCCCAUCGAUCCCAGAGCAUGGAAAUACUAUACACCAGCCAAGCAAAUCAACUCUUGGACUGCUACAGGAUGCAAUCAUGUUGAUAGUUUAGAAUUUAACAUACUAGGCUUUGACAUGCCACUCCAGGUCGGAUAUGGUGCCAAUGGAAAAAAUGGGUAA